UUUACCUGGAAAAUCAAAUAUAAUAGCAGAUUCUCUAUCUCGAUUUCAGAUGUCCAAGUUCCGGAAAGCAGCACCUCUGGCAUACGAGGAGCCAGAAAUUAUUCCCAGUAUGGAAGAACUUGUGUUAUACUAGCUGAAGAAGCAGAUGAAUUGCUCCAAUCCUCCAUUAGUGAAAAUACCAAAACUACCUACAGAGCAGGGUACGCAGUAUUCUGUCAAUUUCUUAUUUCAUCGGGACUUCUGACAUCUACAUUUAACGAAACAGAUCAACCUCCAGCCAUAUCAGAACAAACUCUGAUUUACUUUGUCACACACUGUUUCAAAGCUCUGAAGUUACAUUAUAAGACAAUCAAAGUUUACCUUGCGGCAGUGAGAUUCUAUUAUAUUCGCUUUGGAAUUACCAAUCCCUUGAUUCAGUCAGAAAAAGAUAUUUGUCCUAAACUACAUGCGGUUAUGCGGGGAAUCCAAAAACAAAGCUGUGCUAAACCUCAACGACGUCCUAUAACAUAUGAAAUAUUAGCUAGUCUUGUUAAAAUGUUACAUAUAGGAAGAUUUGGAAAAUUCUUGGAUGUUAUGCUUACAGCGGCAUUUUCAUUAGCGUUCUUCGGUUUUCUAAGAUGUGGUGAAUUCACCGUUGUGAAUCAAAAACAGGAGAAUAUUCUGAGAAUAGCAGACAUUAAAAUGGAUGAAGAUUUGAAAGGAUUCACCCUUACACUUAGGAGUUCUAAAACGGAUCCAUUUCGGAAAGGAAUUAAAAUUCGUGUGUUCAAAUCUAAUAAGUGUGUGUGUCCGGUUCGGGCAAUGUGUGAAUACUUAGAAAUGCGUAAAAAAUUAAAAUAUGGUGACGAAUUAUCUGCUCUUUUCAUUGAUCACCUGGGAAAACCUCUUUCAAGAACCGCAUUUCUUGGAAAACUUAAAGAACUUCUGGACGCAAUGGGACUGUGUGAUGGAAAUUUCAACGGACACUCCUUUAGAAUUGGAGCGGCCACGUCUGCAGCAUUGGGUCAGGUUCCAGAUCACAUGAUAAAAACUCUCGGCAGAUGGAGUUCUGACUGCUACACUAGAUAUGUGAGGACAGAUGACACAACAUUAUCUAGGGCACAAAAUGCCAUGUGUGUAACAUAAAUUCAAAUGUUCCUGACUCAUUUAUAUCUUGUAGAUGUAUUUCUUGAUGAAAGUGAUGUAUGUAUUGUUUUACAUGUGUGUUUUGAAAAUUUCAUUCAAUUUGUAUUUUAACAAACAAUGGUAUAGCAAGUUCAAUGUUUCAUAUGUCAUUUAUACAAAAUCAGUUACCGGGGUGGUGUCAUAAUAUAAUUCUUUUGGGGCUCUCAGCAAUUUCAAUUGUUGGAAAACAAUUUUCUUUAUUGCUUCGUUUGGGGGAAUUAACACAUGGUCAAUCUUAUAACUUUGACAUGUAUUAAUCUGCCCCAAAAUAAUAUGUACUUGUGACCAUCGGUCACCUUGGCCAUCGGCCACUAUUUAACUCAGGCCAUCGGCCUACUUUUCAGUUUUUAAGGCCAUCGGCCUCGCUCUGACCAUCGGUCAACAAGGGCCAUCGGCCCUCUUCUUUAAGGCCAUCGGCCUUUGUUUUAUAAUUAAAAGGCAAGCUUGAUUAUAUUUCAUGUACAAUUUUAUUUAAAUGUUUGUCUUAUGUAUAGCAUACUUUCAUUGUAAUAGUCUAGCCAUGUUUUCUGUGUUCUUGUUCUGUAUAUAUGUUAUGAUAUAUCAUGCUGAGUAGUUCCCAAAAGCCAAAUUAAAAAUUUGAAACUGA